CCCGAGAACUUUGAGAUAGCUGAGACAGCCUCGUUCAGCGACGUCCCCUAGGGAAGCUAUGAGAAGCUUUAAUACCUUCUCCGCUUUGAAAUAUCGAAACUGAACCGAACAUCGGCCCGUCAGAUCGGACUGAGAUGAAAUUGAAAUAAUGGCUGAUCACUAGGACUUAUUACUUAUAGACUUAGAGAUUAUGGCUGAAAAACCAUCAAACUCUGCUUCCGAACUUGCGGAACUGGUGACGUGUUCAAUAUGUCUGGAAAAUAUUAGGGAUGCAAGAGCACUGCCGUGUCUCCAUACCUUCUGCAAGGAAUGUUUACAAAGUCUGGUUACACCUAGAGGAGAUUUAACAUGCCCACACUGCAGGAAAAAAGUCAAAGUCCCGAACGGUGAUGCUUCCAAACUGAAUCCUAAUUUCUACGUGAAUAACAUCAUUGAUGUGCUAAACUCCAAAAAGGGUGGCGAGGCUCCUGCACCAGCACCUGCAAUUGUAGACAGAACCAGCAGGGCUCAACUCUGCACAAAUCACCCGGGAAAGGAAUGUGAAUUAUUCUGCCUUUUAUGUUUCAAAUUUAUUUGCCGUGAAUGCAACUUGAUCUGGUCCGUUUGCAGCUGUUUGCAUUUUCAUGUACACGUAACCAUCGACAAAGCAGCAGCGUAUAAGCGAGAACACGUCGAAGAAUUACUGCAUGAAAAAGAAGAAUUGAUGUCAGGCGUGAAGAAUCAUCUGGAUACUCUUAAACAGAUGAAAGCGAUUGAAUCAAGAAAAGUCCUUGAUGUUUCUCAACAGAUAAACGAUUCUUUUGCCAAGCAUAUGAAAAAGUUGAAAAACCGACAAGAAGCAUUGCUGAAGCAAGCAUCUGACUUGCAGCGAAAAAACGACGAUGGCCUUUCAUCUGAAGUCAAUCAAUUUCAAUUAAAGCAAGCUAAAAUUCAAAGUUCAAUUGAAUGUUGCCGUAAAACUCUGGAAAUAGAUAACCCGGUACUAUUCCUACAGAGGUACCCUGAGUUCCAAGCUGACUCCGAUGAAUUUGAAACGGAAGUUAAUUUUGUGACGGAAGUGGAAUUGGAUAAUCUGCUCUACCAAGCGACCGACUCGUGUUUAACCGAAGCCAUCUCGAGUUUUGGAAAGGUCGUAACUCGCGACGAAUGCGACGAUGUCGAGGAAGAAAGUCCGAUGGCACCAAAAAAAUCACAAAAAAACCGAUCCAGACGUCGUGGUAGGAGACAAGGCGGUGGGAACGAGCAUGGACCGUUGGGAGCGGAUGUGUACAUGGGGCAUACGAGUGUUAACAGGACUGGUAUCUGGUCAGGGACGUUGUAUAACAGAGCCAGAGGCAACGCUAGCCCGGUUGUUACAUUCGAGAAUUGUGGAACAAGCGUGAAAACAACGAGUGAAAGAAAUGCAGCAAUUAUAGGAAAGCCGGGUUUUCUAUGGGGGAAACAUUCUUGGAAAAUCAAAGCUGUUGGGUUUGCGCAUGGCAUCAGCCUCGGUGUUUGUGUUGGUGAGAAUGGUUGUGGUAUCGUUGUGACGUAUGAUUCACAGUUAACACCUUUAAAUACGGCACUUGGCAUUCGUGUGGAGUUGGAUUGUGACGCCAAGCGAGUAUCCGUUUCUCACGAUGGCAGGGAACAAACACGGGAUGUGGUCGGAUUCGACAAUCCCCAUCGCCGCGAAGUGUACCCUUAUUUCUAUCUACCUCCACCCGGAAAACACCAUUUCAGCAAAAUUUCCAUCCUAAGUAUUGAUGGCGCUCCCGUCGUGGGCCAACCGCGGGAGAACGAACCGCAGUGCUCCAUGCAAUGAAAAUUGAAAAAAAGUGAAAACCUAAAACUGAAUUAUCAAAAAACUACUUCGAAGAACCAACGAAUUGAUCUUAAGAACAAGAUAGCAAGUUUCAGUCGGUGAUUUUUUACGAAAGCCGGUCGCAUGAUGCAAUAACAAAGUCGUAAACAAUGUGACUGUAAGCUUGUUUCAAUUCUCGAUCUAAAUCUCAUCUGUAGGGUUUAUAGAAGAUGUUGUUCUUCUGAGGAUUUUUUCUUGUAGUAUAGUGUCUGCUAGUAGGUAAAGGUUUUGUAUGGACAGUAACAAUGGUAUAUAUAUUGUACCAGAGAGUGCUGGUGUUUGAGUCAAACUAUAUGUUUAUUAAAAGGCCGUGAUUUAAUUGACACGGCUAGGCCAGCUAAAUUGAUCGAAUUGACACGUGUAAAGGCUGAUUUCUGCAUUUACUGUUCAAAAUGAGGAAUUUUUUCAUGCAUAAAGAAGUGUGCAUUAAAUCUUUGCACAAAGCUUGUGAGAGUAAAACCUAGUUUCAAUAUUAAUACAGACUUUAUUCUAAACGUAACAGCUUAGAAAUCAUCACUUAUACAAUCCGUUCAUAAAGUAGAAAUUAAAGGAUUAAAUAAUUAAAGUUAUACUAAACUAUUCAUUAUGUAGUGUACUAACAACAGA